AUGGCAACCCCUGUCGACUUCUCGAACUACCUGCCUCCUGAGGUGUGGGAGCAUGUGUUGUCGUUCGUGGAUGUCCGCAGCGUGCUCGCUGGCGUGAGCCUCGUCUCGCGCCGCUUCCACGCCCUGGCCUCCGAGCCGCACCUAUGGCGGCACCUGCUCCUCAGCCACUUUGCCGCCACCUCCUCUGCAGCCGCCUCGCGCCUCGGCACCACUACGGACACCGCGACCACCACCACCACCAACCUGUACGCCGGCGACGCCGAGCACGGCUGGCGCAAGACCUUCUUCGCCCACCGCUGGCUCGCACACUCGAAGCGGGUCCGGUUCUGUCUUAUGGGCCAUGUCGACUGUGGCAAAUCGACCCUCCUGGGGCGUAUCUUGGAAAGUUUGGGAAGUGUCUCACAGCAAGAGGUCGAGCGGUGCAGAGAACAAGUCUCGUGGACGGGUAAGCUGUCGUACCAGUUUGCGUGGCUCACCGACCGCUCCAAAGACGAGCGAGAGCGCGGUGUCACGCUGGACUGGUGCGCAAGGGAAUGCGCGCUGCCCAGCGGUCGCGAAAUCGAGCUCGUGGGCGUGCCCGGCUACCGCUAUCAGCUCCAGAAUGCCGUCACCGGAGCGUCAAUGGCCGACGUGGCAAUCCUCGUGGUGCACGCCGGCUUGGGUCAGUUUGAAGCGGGCGUGAACGUCCACGACCACUACCCGGGUGGGACUCGCACGCACCUGAUUCUGGCCAAGCGACUCGGCAUGUCGAGGGUGGUUGUGGUCGUCAACGGGAUGGAUAGCUACGCUGCCAAUUACAGCCAACGCCGCUACCGUGAGAUCGAGGACGCGGUCUUGGAACUGGCGGCCGAGGUUGGGUAUGAGGGACCGACGUUGGUCGAGGUGAUGGAGCAGGUGGCCCAGGCCCUCACCACCGGCGCUGCGGCGUGCCGCGAGGUGGCCAAGCGGCCGCUGUUCGGUCCCACCCGCGUUUCGGUCCUCCGGCGGGUCAAUGCGCUCUGCAUCGCGGGGGCGCCGAAAGGGGAGGUGGUGGUCGAGGCCCUGGUGCAGUCGGGAACUGUGCGCGAGGGCCAGGUGCUGCAUGCCCGGCUGUCGGCGCCGAUCGCAAAUCGCGCGCGCGACGGACCACAGCCGGCAUCGGCACUGGUCACCUUGGCCGUGGUCAGCAUUCUCCGACUCGACAAGCCUCGAGAGGCUCAAAAGUGUGUGCGAUCGCAGAACCCGGGCCGCAGCAGGCGAGAGAUCGAGGACGCGGUCUUGGAACUGGCGGCCGAGGUUGGGUAUGAGGGACCGACGUUGGUCGAGGUGAUGGAGCAGGUGGCCCAGGCCCUCACCACCGGCGCUGCGGCGUGCCGCGAGGUGGCCAAGCGGCCGCUGUUCGGUCCCACCCGCGUUUCGGUCCUCCGGCGGGUCAAUGCGCUCUGCAUCGCGGGGGCACCGAAAGGGGAGGUGGUGGUCGAGGCCCUGGUGCAGUCGGGAACGGUGCGCGAGGGCCAGGUGCUGCAUGCCCGGCUGCCGGCGCCGAUCGCAAAUCGCGCGCGAGACGGGUCCGUCGGUACACAGCCGGCAUCGGCACUGGUCACCUUGGCCGUGGUCAGCAUUCUCCGAUUCGACAAGCCUCGGGUGGAGCAGGUGAUCAAGUGCUGGAACGAGGAGGGGCAGGAGGAAAAGGUUGAGGAUGGUGAAGGAGCACAAGCAGGGGUCAAGGUGCGCAAGGGAGUGAUCACCCUUGUACUGAUCAAGCCUCUUGGCUAUGUGCAUGUGGAGCCGUUCGAGCGCAAUGCUGUCUUGGGCACUGUGUUGCUGAUCGAUCACCUGCACAUCCAAGCCUCUGGCCAAAUCGUGUCCAUCACCCAACGCUAA